AUUCCAUAUCUGACCAAAAUAACUGAAUACACGCAUUCUUCAAAGUGUAGUCUUAGUUUGGUUUUUGCUGUAUGUGUUUUACUAGAUGAAGCGAUCGGCAGCCCAAGGUCACGUGCUCCGGCUAAACAGAGCAACAAUCAGCUGAUCGCUCACAGCUGAGUUUUGGUGGGUCUGUUUGGUGUCGUCUCUGAUAUUAAAGAGAGCUGUUGACAUUAUAUUUUGAAGGUGCUGACAGUCAAACCAUUUGAAAGCAGACAAAAGAAACCCUGACAUGGCCCCAACACUGUAUGAUGAGAAACCAGAGCUUGGGGACUUGAUUGAGAUCUUCCGGGGCUCCUAUCAGCACUGGGCUGUGUAUGUUGGUGAUGGCUUCAUAGUUCACUUGGCACCACCCUCUGAGGUCCCGGGUGCAGGCGCCAGCAGUAUAAUGUCUGUCAUAACUGAGAAGGCCAUUGUGAAGAAAGAGGAGCUGUGGGACGUGGUGGGAACUGACCAGUGGGAAAUCAACAACAGUCUGGAUAACAAGUACAAGCCCCGCCCAGUUCAUGUCAUUGCGAGGGAGGCGUGUGCAAUGGUGGGCGAGGAGCUUCCGUACUGCGUCUUCAGGGGGAACUGUGAGCACUUUGCAAACGAGCUGCGCUACGGAAAAGCUGAGUCCCGGCAGGUGCGUAAGGCAGGAGAAACAGUCAUGGUUGCAGGUGUGGCUGCAGUGGUGGGUCUGGGGAUCGUGGCUCUGGCAGGAGCGCUGUUUGGAGGCGGCAAAAAAGAAAACAAGAACAAACAGUGAUUCAAGAACCAAGUCGCCUGUUCAGGGACUUGAUGAACAGAUCACUAACGUUUUUGAUGUGAUCAUGAUAGCUUAUACACUCACAGAAAACGUCAUUUUACGUUUGUGAUUUAGCCAGAAAUUUGAUUUCUACUCAACUUUACCACUAUAUGUCCUGCAUGCCUUCAUCGGUUUGAAUAACCAUGCAAAGCUGGUGGGUUCAGAAUCAAAGAUUGUAUUUUUCGGACUUUUUAAAAUUUCUACAGAAAGCACAUUCGACACAACAAGCACUAUUUCCACCAAUGAAGCUGCCAAGAUAAACUAUUUUAAUGUUUCGAUAGGAACUGAAGAUUAAGUUGAUGAAUAUAGAUAUUGUGAAGGAUGUGAUGGGGGGGGGGGGCUAUGGAUCAAAACAAAGUUGUGGUGGUAGUUGCUUAUGAAGAAAUAUUAGCUACCUUAAGUCAAACCUUUAGACAAGAAUAUUUUAUAUGAUCAAAAUUAAGCGAAUAUGAUGAUAUUGUGGUUACAUCUCACAAAAAGUGCCAUGUAAUGUCAAAUUGACUACAGUAAACAGCUCAUUCUAAGUAGCACUGUGAUGAACUGAAAGGAGUGAGGAUGUGGAUGGAUCUAACUCAGCUGUUUUUUUAUGACAUGAUAUCUCCUAAUGAGUUCACAACUUAACUAGAAUUCAUAACAAUGUCUUCUCUUAA